AUGGAAUUAUAUGCCGUAGGCCAAAAUGGCUGGUCCCAGCUCGAAUUCCGCGCCGACCAGCCGACUUCCCAGGACGAUGUGUUCGAGUUGAUCAAGAUCGCCUCCGGAACGACGAUUGAAAAGCCCAUCUCUAGUAUUAUAUCCACAAUAGUCAAUAUUGACGGACACUUUCGGGUGGCUCACGGAAGACGUCUUAGACACUAUCUGAUUCUCAGGGCCGCCUUGACAGUUUCGACGGCAAAUGGCUGCCAUAUGAGCGUGACCGACAACGGCAAUGGUCUAAGUAUACAAGAAAGCCUCCGUGGGUACCCGCCACUUGAAGUGGCAGUCCACCCGCCAGUCAAACAAAUUGCGGCUUCUGCCACGGGCUUUGUCAUUCUUCACGAAAACGGCAUGGUUUCAACGACGGGAGAUGAACGCUUCCCCGCAAUGCUCGGCCGCGUAGUAACAGAGCACAAGCCGGCGCGGCAUCCUGCGAGGGUGGCCGACCUUGACCAUCUCCUUGACCAUGACCCGAUUCAGCACAUCGCCGCCGCCGGCUACGCGGUUGCAGCUCUCACGAGGUCGGGAGAUGUCUACAUGUGGGGACAGCAUCCGCCGUCGAGAACAGGAGAGCAGCCAUUCUUUCCAAAUCUUUCAGACAUUUCGAGCUACACCGAGAUUGGGGGCGGGAAAGAUAUUCAAGAUGUUGCACUGGGCGAAGCUCACGCCAUCGCACUGACUCGGCAAGGAGAAUUAUACGUCGUUGGCAGCAACAGAAGCGGACAGCUAGGUAUUCCAGCCAUCGCAUCUACUAAUCAGUGGACGCAUCUCGCGUUCAAUCCACCAAACGGUUUCCGGGUUACUGGAGUCGCAGCUGGGCCAAACACAUCGUUCGUCCUCGUCUCAGCAAAUCCGGCACAUUAG